UGAAAGUUCGUAGCUGGGCAGCCGUGCUGCGGAUCCAACGACUUGAGAGAGAAAUAUGGGUGAAAAUCAAGAGUUUGCCGUUUCUUUCCAGGACAGCAAGGCCGCAUAUGUGCUUAGCAAUGUGGCCGAAGUGGUUGAACGAAUUCUGACCUUCGUACCGACCAAAUCGCUCCUCCGCAUCGCAAGUGUGUGCAGGCUGUGGAGAAACUGUGCCCGCAGAGUGCUGAGGACUCAGCAGCAGCUGACCUGGGUGUCAGCCUGUGGACCGUCCAACACAGAGGCUCAUGCCCUCUGCAGCAUUUUGGCUGAGGAGGUGGAGAAAGUGUUUCUCCUGCCUAAAACAGUUUUGGCAAUGGUAGACUGUGAGGCCUUCACUGGACAAGCUUAUUGUUACAGACAGAAUAAAGCAAAAAAGAGUCGCCACAGCCCAGACACAAUUGAAGAACUGAACCUGCUCUUCCCCAAAGGUUGUGACAUCAUGGGCAUUGCUACACCCGGCAUAGUCUUGACUCCCACCGGCUCUUGCUCCAACCCUCCUCAGGAGUACCAAGAAGGGGAGGCAGGCUUUGCAGUCAUGUUCCCCAGCAUGGAAGGUGUCCACAUCAAGCCCUUUCACUUCUGCAAGAAGUCCAUCUCUCCAACUGCACUGAAAGAAGCAGGACUAGUUGACAACCCUGAGCUCCGUGUGGUACUGAUGUUUGUCUAUGAGGCAUAUAAAUCUGGAGUAGUGCGCUUCCUCAACCAGCUGCUGGAGCCGCUGGCCAAGAGCAAAGCUCUCAUCGCUGGAGGACUGGUAGAAAAUGUCUUCUCUCCUCCCAGACACUGCUGUAGCCAGGGUGCGUACGGUGUGGUGGGCCUGGCCCUGAGUGGCCCUAAGGUGCAGGGGGCAUCGGUGCUCUUGGACCAAGACAUCAGCAAUCCAAAGGCAGCUGAAGCCACAAUCCGGCGGUUGAAGGCGGCCAAAAUUCCCGAGAGGAACACCCUAGGAUUCAUGUUUGCCUGUGUGGGGAGAGGCCAAAACUACUACAACAACCAGACCAAUGUAGAAGCCGACGCCUUUCACAAGGUGUUCCCCAACACCCCUCUCUUCGGCCUGUUUGGCAACGGCGAGAUCGGCUGCGACCGAAUCGUCAAAGACGACUACACGCUGUGCGACACUGACACGGACAGUCUGCAGCACGAGUACACUACAGUCAUGACCCUGGUCCAUCUAGGCUGACUGACUGGUCUGCAGUAACAAAACGGGACAAACAGGAAAACAGAUGACCCAUCACGCUCCUGUUUGCUACAGCAGUCAGGAACAACAAAACAUUCUGUACAAAAUGUUACUCACAUUACGACUCAGAAUAACACUGUCACCAUUUCUAGCUCAUAAAGCGGAAAAAUUAUCCCUUUAGCCAUCAAUGCAUUGGCAUCAUUUGGGAAAUUUUGUCCCUUGGAGACUGUGUGUAAACACAGCUUCAUGUUAAAACUGGCGAGUUUCACAAAUAGGACCCUA